ACUACUGUUUUGUCAAUAUUGUCGAAUCUACACUAGUUUUGAAGCUACAAAUAUGAAUUUUUUCAUUAAAUUAAGAAUUGUAUUGAAAUUAAAAGUUCAUAUACAAAUGACUAAUUUGCGUAUAGCAAUUGUCAAAUACAGUGAUAACUAAAAAUUACAUUUAAUUAACAUAUAAAUUGUAAUUAUAGUAAUUGAAAUCCGAAUUUAUUAAAUAGAAUUUAUUAAUUAGAAGAAAUGGAAAUAAAUCAGAUUAGUAAUUUAUCUUUGAAAGAGAAUAUACACAAAUUAUUAGCGAUAUGCGGUUCAACAACUAAAGAAGAUUUGUCAGAAAUAUUUUAUAAACUUGAGGAUUGCAAUCAAUCAAAGUUGACAAUUGGAAUGUUUUUUGAAUUCAUAAAACUUGUAUACCAAGUUAAUGACAAUUGUGGAAGUUUAACUACAAUAUUAACCACAGAAAACAAGCUUGAUUGGGGCAAGUUAGCAAAAAUUGAUAUACAUUGUAAAAUACAGAAUUAUAAUAGUACUGAUGAAAAGUACAUUAAUAGUAAUGUCAUGCAGAAACAUAAAAAUAUUCAUACAGCAGAAGAAAUUUCAUCUGAUACAGAUGAUAACAAUAUUAAAUACUCUCUACAUUGCAUUGUGCCUCCAAAUAUGCAACUUAAAAAUAAGCAAACACAUACUUAUGAUCAAAAUGUAAUAUCUGAUUUUGAAAGAUGCAAUCAAAUUAUGCAAAGUUCACUACGAAUAGAGGAUAUGAACAUUGGAAGAUCUGUGGAUACAACAGAAAAUUUUUUAAUUACUUUAAUGAAAACAAAUCUAAGUGAUGUACUGCAUGAAGGUUUAUUAGAUUCAAUAUUGCCAUAUAUGAUUCCAAAACCUACUAUUUCACAGCCUAUUAUUAAAAAAUCUAUUAUAAGUACCGAGGUGAAGAAAUGUAAUUCUUUGACUAAUAAUAUUGAAACCAAGGUACUUACAAAUGUCAUGCAUAAAGAGAAGGAAAAAGAUAAAAGUAAAUCAAGCAAGAGAUCAACUGACAAUGAAGUGGAAAUUCACGUCUGUGACGAAGAAAAGAACAUUAAAAAAAAUUUUCAUUGUCCUCAAAAGCUUCUUAUUCAAAAAAUGCGUUAUUUUGCUGAUGUGACAGCAGGUCAAAAAUUAGAGGAAAUAGAUAUAUCAGUUCAUUGUGAUGUUACAAUAUUUGAUUGGUUGAUGAGAUGGGUGAAAAAAGAUAUUAUAAAAAAAUCUGAAUGGCCAGUUUUGGAAAUUAAUAAUGUUAUUCCAAUAAUGGUGUCUGCAUCAUUUUUACAAAUGGAACCACUACUAGAAAGCUGCUUACAAUAUUGUCGUGAAAAUAUAUCUGAUAUAUUAAAAACAUCAACAGUUUUAACUGGUUUAGAUGAUAAUCUUUUAAUAAGAUUAGUAGAACAAUUUACAAAUGAAGAUGUUGAAGCAUUAAAAGACAAAAAGGAUAAAAUUCAAAGUAAAUUAUUUUGUAAGUUGAUUAUGUCUCUUGCCGAGGUAAUGCCAGAUAAUAAGAGAGGACACUAUAGUUCUUUAGCUACUUUAUUUAAGUGCAGUAAAUGUGGGAAAAAUAUUAUUCAAUCCGUUUCUAAUUAUGUACCAUGUAUUUCAAGUGCAAUGAAAAUUGACAACCAUGGGAAUAUUCACAGCAAACACAUAAGGGAUUUAACAUGGACUUUAAAUGAUUACAUUAUUAGUCUUCGAACAGAGUUACGUUCUUGGCGUAAAGUUUAUUGGAGGCUAUGGGGAGAUUGUCACUUUUUAUUUUGUACACAGUGUAAUAUAUAUUUUCCAAUCCAUCACUUUGAGUGGUGCUGCUAUCAUACAGAAUUUCCACAGUUUUUUAUUAAUGAACAACAACGGCCUAUACCAUUUCCUCUGGGUAGAUAUCCAUGCUGUAGUCAACGAGCAUAUAAGUUUGGAGUAUUACCAAAUCAUGAAGGUUGUAGGUAUAGGGAACAUAUUCCAGAUAUUAAGACUCAAACAAACAUAAGUGUAUUGAAUAUUUUUACAGUACAUAGGGAAGUGAUAGUUAUGAAACCACCGCAAUUGUUUUUCCCAGAAAAGAUUACUAGAUUAGUAGCUCGUGAUGCAUCACUUCAACCAGGAAAAUUAAUAUGUAAAGAUGUAAUGUGGUGGCUUGGUAUAGAACUUACACCACAGCGACCAAGACUUGGACUUUUAGGAAAAAUUUGGAGCGGGUCAGGAUUCCGACGAAUAUCUCAAAUGCAUGAUUUACAAAAAUCAUCACAAAAGGUUCGUCAGCAAGUUUCUAUUACAACUGAUACUUCAUCGAUUACAUCUUCGACAACAGAUAGCGAUAUAGAUGAUGGUAUUACAACUUAUGAAUAUAGUAGUAUUGAUGAAGAAUCAAAUCAUAGUGAAGAAUCUCAUGCACGGUCCUCAUUAAAAUUAAAAAAUAAAAUAAAAAAGAAAUCAAGAAAUGACAUGUGGAGAAAUAAUGGUCGCUCGUGGAGUGGUAAUUUAAAUGUAAGACACAAUCAAGAUAAUCAAAGAGAUUUUGAAGAGAAUGCAGCUUUACAAAUGAUAACGCUACUAACAAAGAGAGUAUCUGUAGAUUCUUCUUCACUAUUAAAAUCAUCUACUAAACAUAAUCGGAUAAAAAAACAAUUAAAUGCAGGAGGAAUUUAUACAAGAUUGGAAGCAGAACUUCGUGAUCAACUAAAUCAAUCUUAUAAAAAUAAAAAUAUAACUGGGAAGUAUUUUCUACGUACGAAAUUAAAUAAAUCAUAAGUAUAUCAGAUUAGUAUAACUGUCACUGACUGUUUUGUAUGUUGAACUCUUUCGUAAAAUAAAAUAUUUCUUUACU